CACCCAUCUCGAUCCGGACCCGUUAAGCUACAUCAAGUUUUCUCUGGACUUGAAAACGUAUCAGGGCAUCGUGACUCACAGACGUCUCGCGUUUGGUGCACUUCAGGGUGAGUUUCCUGUCAAGGAUACAGUGACCCAAACUAACAUGGGAUUCGACAGAAACGGGUCACGAAGAGCUCAUUUCGAACAUCUCAUUGUCCAAAGAAGAGUCAGGGAAACCUCUUACCUUGUUUCAAAUUGCGAUGAAUAAUCAGAGAACGAAUGUGGUCAUCGAAGAGAAGACUGCACCAGAUAACAAGAACAAGACGUAUCAUCCCAAGUUCAAAUACGGCGUCCGAUACCCUGUUUCCUUCAUGACUGCUGAGGAUGAGGGGAAUGAUCCUCUUUUACAGUGUCUUCAGCUUGAUGAUAACAAGACCCCUGGGCAUCUCUAUGGAAAACACAAUCAAGCCUCGAACAUUGUGGUUGAAUUUCUCCCAGUGAAGAGGACCAAGAAAACGUGGAUUGAGGAGGGAUCCCAGAUCAAGCUAAGAUUUAUCCAUUUGAAGGGAAACGCCUCGGUGUCUGGAUUUUCGAAUCUCUACUUCAAAGAUGUCCAUUACGAGGACGCCCCAACGCUCGACGAUAUCGUCCCGAAGCCUGAACGUCCGCUUGCACCGGAUUUUGAUGACUCAGAUCGUACAAUGUCAGUCGAAAUCGAUUGUUCAGCGUUGGGGACGACAGGAAAGGAUCCCUAUGCAGUUGACCAUUGUUCUCUUCCACCUGAAAUUCGGGAGCAGGCCGCUUUUGUGUACCGGAUGGAGGAAGAAUAUCAGAUGUCAAGUGAGGCUCAGGAGAAAUAUGACGCUGACGUUCGAGAGUGGAAGGUUAAAAUGAAGCAAGCCCAAGCUGAUCCCCACGGAGCUUAUCAAAAGGCAAUGAGGCAGUAUACAGCUCGGAUGAAUUCCGUUCUGGCCGUCGAAGACAUGGUCUUUGAGAUAAACUACCACAACACCGAGAAUGAAAAAAUCCUCGCAAGACAGCACAUGGCAGCAGAGGCACUGGCCGCAAAAAAGAAGAAAGAAGACGAGGAGGAGGUCAAGGCCAAAGUGGACGAAGCCAAACGGGCCGAAGCGCUGAAAUCACUUGCUGCGGCCCAUGACACGGAAGUCGAGCGACGCAAACAACUAUUUUUUGGUAGCUGGGAGCAAGAGAAGAAGAAGUAUGAACGGGUGGCAUUGACUCUCGACGACGACAAGGCAAAGGCGGUGCGCGCUGCUGUUGCCGAGAAAGAGAAAGCCAUGACGCAGUUUAUAGAAUUCGGCUUGGACGAAGAUCUGGCGUUGGCGGACCGGACGGCGGCCUCCAAUCCAUUUUUCCCUGCGGCGAGGAAAGUGAUUGAUUUAUCAUCAUAAAGAGUAAAACGGAAAAAUGACGGUCAAGGGGGGAGAUAUGCAGGGAUGACAGAGGGGUACAACACCGGAAUGGAAUGGCGUGGAACUUGUCUUUGGUAGGAAUUUGUUAAGUAAUAGAUAAACAUA